UCUGAAUCAUCGACGGAAAGUAAGAAGGGAGGGGGUGGGGGUUAACUGUAGAGUGAUGGGACACGGCAGAGGAAACAGCAGCCAGCGAUCACUCUCCGCGCUGGUAAUGAAAGACUAGUGUGAAGGAUGACUUCACGCUCUGAGACCUGUGAGUCAGAAUACAGGGAACAGGCCCAAUCCGGUGGGAGCUACCAACAGUAUGGAGUCCGGUCAUACCUCCAUCAGUUCUAUGAGGAGUGCACAGGUUCUAUCUGGGAUCGUGAUGAAGAUUUUCAGAUUCAGAGAUCGCCAAACAGGUGGAGCUCUUUACUCUGGAAGGUCUGUCUCACGUUUGGUACAUUGAUCCUCAUUACAGGCCUUGUUGUUGUUCUUGUGGGUUAUGCAACACCAACUAAGACUGAAGCAUUUGGUGAAGAUGAUCUCCUCUUUGUUGACAGCCAUGCUGUUAGUUUCAACCGUGCACUGGAUGUUUGCAAGCUGACUGGUGCGGUGCUGUUCUGUGUGGGUGGCACCUCCAUGACUGUGGGUCUUCUGUUGUCUGCCUUCGCAAAAAGCUACUCCAAAGAGGAACUUUACCUGCAGCAAAAGUUUAAGGAGCGAUUAGCUGAUCUACAUGCAACAGUUGGUUCAUCAAUAAUGAGAGCACCAACUCCUGGGGAAGGAAAGGUGCCUGUAACACUCUCCAAAGUUCAGAACAUACAACCUGCAACCACAAAGGGGAAGACCUGAUCAACACCAGAAUACAGAAAGAAAAAGCUAAUAGACUUAAGACUUAUUGGUGUGCAGAAUGUGUAUGAGUGAGUGCACAUGUGUGUAAUCAUCUUUUCAAGCAAAUUAUCUUUUGAAAUGGUCAGCGUUCAUGACUGUGGUUCUUUCUUAAUCAGUACUUGCAUUUUUUACAUUAUAGUCAACUAUAAAUUCAGAAUUCUCCCAAAGGUGCACAAGUGUAAUAAAUAGUCAUACAAGCAAUUUUAUUUAAAACACACAGACAUAAACUACUAUCCAUGCACAUUUUGAUUGUUUUAUACAUGCAAAUUCAAUUCCAUGAGCUUUCCAAUUUGUCACAAGCAUGAGUGCAUGCUCCUUCUCUGUGCUUGGGGCUUACUUUCCACACGCCUGUACCCUUUCUCAUAUUUGCCUGUGGACCUGUUUCUGUGCGCUCAUGUCAACUCCUGUUACAAUUUACUUUAGAGUGGAACUAACCUAAAAUAAAUUGCCUGUGAUUGGCUACUUUUCAGGGAACUCUCCCUCUUUAUACAUGACUGUUUUCUUUAGGCUAUUAUCUAUUCUUUUAAAGAGGAAGAAAUUAAUUAAGUAGUCACCAUAGUCACAUAGUCACAGCCAUGUGACUGCUGUGUUUUGACAGCAGUAGCCAUAUGCUCUAAAAUGAUUAAUGUUAAACAUGGCAAUUCAUAUGAGCUAAGCUAACCUUAGCUUUACUGUUUAUAAUGAGGAAACUAAGACUCGAAUGAACUCUUUUUUUCAGUCAUUUCCAUUGUUAACAAUUUUUCAUCUAUUGUUUCGCAUUUUUUAUUUUAUAGCCAACAUUCUUUUUUUAAAUAAAAUUUUCAGUUGAUGACGGAGAUGGCUGAUGGAUUUGAAGUCUCCUGAAGACAAGAGUUAUUAAUAAAGAUGUUUUGUUAGCAUCACUAGCCACAACCAGGAAAAAAAAAAUACUGUCUUAAAAGACGUGAUUUCCUGAAACAUAGCCAAUCAGAAGCAGUUUACUUUCACAAGUUGGUUUCACCCUGGAAUUGACAAAGUUGACAUGAUCAAGAACAAAAACAGGUUGUCCUGCGGGUAGAAGAGAAUCUACAGGCGCAUAAAAAGCAAGAUAGCGCAGAAAAGGUGCAUUAACUCAUGGUUGCGACAUAUUUUAAUCUGAUGGUACUGAAUUUGCAUGCAUAAAAUAUUCAAAAUGCAUCUAGAGUGUAGUUUACAUUCAUGUCUUUAAAAUAGAAACAGAAUCAGAAUCAAGUUUAUUGCCAAGUAGGAUUGCUCUUACAAGGAAUUUGUCUUGGUCUUUAUGAUGCAGACAAAUUAGAUAUAUAUACAGAAUACAGAAUCGAUAGCUAUAUACAAUAUAAAACUUGCAAUACGCUAUAUACAAUAUAUAGUAUAGCUAUAUAUUAUAUACACAAUAGACUGUGCUUUAAUAUUACGCAGGAGGUCUGAAGAUACUACGUUGGUGUUGCUUGUUGGUAAAACUGUAUGAUUAUUAAUUAUGAUUAUGCAUUUUAGGCAAAAUUCUGACUUCAUGGUCAUAUUUUGACAGUUAUCCCAGCUAAAUAAAUAAACAGUUACAUCAGCUAAGUAAAGUAUGUUGUAUUAUUUAAACUAUAGUGACAAAUUCUCACAAAGUAAUGGCAAUGUUACACAGAAUAUUAAGCACAAAAUUAUCUUAUCAAAUCUUCAUCCUGUCAAAAGCUGGUUUUUAAUCACAUUUUAUGAAAUGGGAGAGGCUGUUUAUGAGAAAGGGGGUCUGAAAGAAGCUCGAUCAAUUCAGUUCAACCAAUUCCAUUGGCAGUGAAAGGUACAUUUUAAAUAUGGGAAUAAGUGUGAUAUUGUGUUAUAUCACGAGUGCUUCUUUAUGGUGCUCUUUGUCAACAAACCAGAGAUUUGACAUUUUAUACCCUUGAGAAAGAAGCAAAAUCUUAUUUGGCACAAAGACACACUGGAAGAAAAUUCAUAGGAAGAACAUUGACAUUUUCUUCUGGCUUAUUACUCCUCUAACCUCGUUUCUUCAAUUAACCUUCAGGCAGGAUCAAUAGACUAAGCUUAGACACAAAGAAAUAAUCUAUAUUGCACAAGAGAAUAUGACAAAAAAAGACUGGCUUGACAAAGAAGAGGAAGAAAAAAAGAACCAUAUUAUCUCAUCCAUCUACUUCUCUUUUGGUCGUCAUUUCAAAUGUAACCAUAAAGAAUCACAUGCCCCCAUGAAAGUCAUAGCUCAUUUUAUACCAUCCUGCAUACAAAUCUUGCUAGCUGCUGUUUACCAUCUGUUCUUGUUUGUAAAAAUGAAAACAAAACAAGGGUUUGCUGGAAGAGGAACACAACAGGCAGGUUACAUAACAGGCGCAUAGUUGAUGAGGUAAGCUUGCUAAUGAGAAGCAACAUUGCAUUUGACUGUGAUAAUGGAUGAACUGCUGUGAUUCAGAUAUGCUCAAUGAUGGCUUUACUUAUAAAAUUUAAAAUUACAUUUAUACCCAGCCAAACACAUGAUAUGCAAUACUACUCAAGUAAUUAAACAUAUAAUCAGAAAUUCUUUUUUUUGUAUGCUAUAAUUGAGAUUCAAAGUUGGGAGAAUUUUUGUCUUUAUUUGGUUAUUUAUGUUAAUUGUCCAUGCUUGUUGCACAGAUGGUGCAGACCACAUUUUUACAUCUAGGUCUUUUGUUAGUGUAAAUAUGCUGCCAAAUUGUUAUCCUCCUUCUUUAAGUUGUUUCAAUAUUUGAUGCCUUUACCCUUUUCAUUUUGUCUCUAGAGUUAUAGAAUAAAUGACCAAUAGGACAAAUUUUUGCUCCACGCCUCAUCAGAACAAUGUUAGAACAACCUGUCAUGCUCAUUUACUUUAAGGUAUUAUGGCCGUUAAAUGAUAAAUUGCUUUCCUUGUCUCAUCAAUAUUGUCAAAAUAUCUAUUUUUAUGAAACUUAACAUGGAGAGGAGAACUUGAGCUGUUAAAAAAAUGUAUUUAUAAACUUUCCCAGUGUGAUCUCACUCUCAAGAACUGAUCAGUAAAUGUACUGAUUAUGAACUGAUUUGCUGUUUUAUGUUAAUUUAACAUUUUAAAACCAGAAGAUGUGUUAUUAUCUUUAUUUUUAUUCUGAAAUGUUAUUUCGUUUAUUUACCUUUAAAUAGAAACAUCCAUACAAAUGUAAGAGUCACUACCCCAGUCAAUAAUAAAAAUGACACCUACUGGAUUCAAACAAGGUACAUCACUGUUUGUACUGUACAGUAUGCUUACAUUUCAAAAUACACAAUAAAAUUACAUUCUGCCCCUCAAAAA